AUGCAGCAAGUGGCCAUUGGAAAAACAGAGGCCGUCAUCAAAAACUUCAGCCCGCACUACAGGCGCCAGUACGCGGUGGCUUUCUGCAGGCACGUGCAGGAUGAGCUGGAGCAGCACCGGGAUUCCCAGUCCCAGUUCCUGAAAACCAAGCCCCCGCUGGAAGCUGGGACGGUCUUGUACGAAGCAGAGCUGCUGCAUUUUGCCGAGGAUCUGAAGAAGUGGAAGGACAGAUACGUCGUCGUCAAAAACGACUACACCGUGGAUUGCUUUGACACCAAAGAGGCCUACCAGAAAGGAGCCAGCCCUAAAUAUCACGUUCUUCCUGCAGGAGGCAAAGUACUGACUUCAGAAGAAGAUUACAACUUGCUGUCUGAUAAACAUUUCCCAGAUCCUGUUGGGUCGAGUGAGAAGGAGGUGGCUCAAGCCUUCGUUCAGCUGCCGAGGGAGUUCCCGGUUUACCUGUGGCAGGCCUGGCCCUUCGCCCGACACAGCUACUAUUGCUUCCCGGAGCCAGAAGCUCAGAGGCGGUUCAGUGCCGUGCUGGGGGACUGCGUGAGACACUCAAACCACGAUUUUCUCAAGCAGACCACGUAUGAAGUCGAGGCGUUCUUAGAAGCCAUUCAGUUCUUCCGGCAGGAGAAAGGCCACUAUGGGACGUGGGAAAUGAUUACCGGCAACGAAAAAGAGAUCCUGAGCAACCUUGUGAUGGAGGAACUCCUGCCUAACCUUCAGACGAUGAUCCUGCCUAAAAUGAAAGGAAAGAGGAAUGAUAGGAAGCGGGCCUGGUUUGGUAUCGUAGAAGAAACUUAUGGCUUAGUCCAGCAGCAGGUGUCAGAAGAAUUGAGUACCUUGAAAGAAGAAUGCAGAGAUCUUGCAAAAACUCUUGAGGGAACCAUUCGCUCGGACAUGGAUCAGAUUUUGAACUCCAAGAACUUCUUAGCUGGAAAAAUCAAAGCCGCUGUUUCUGAGCCUGCCCAGAAGUGCUGCACAGAAAACAUCCAGCCAUUUCUCACGUCCAUAUUAGAGGAGCUCAUGGGUCCGGUGAGUUCUGGAUUCACUGAAGUCCGCUCGCUUUUUGAUAAAGAAGUUAAUGAAAUCAUCCAGGACUUCCAGAAGACAAAUGACAUCACGAAGCUAAAGGAGAACGUGGAUCAGCUUAUGAACCUACCAUUCAACUCUGUGAAAAUGGAGCCCUGCUAUCUGAAAGUGAACCUCCUCCAGGAGCUCCUACAAGACCUCAAGAGUCGCUUCAAGGUCUAUCACAUCGAUUUUGUGAUUCAGAGGACGCAGAACUUCAUGCAGGAGCUGAUGGAAAACGCAGUUUACACUUUUGAGCAGUUGUUCUCUCCGAGUCGCCAGGCAGACUCAGCAAAAGUUGCAACAACCAUUGAAAAAGUCAAGCUGAGAGUCCUGAAGCAAUAUGAUUACGACAGCAGCACUAUCCGCAAGAAGAUAUUUCAAGAAGCGCUGGUGCAGAUUACUUUGCCCACGAUGCAGAAGACGCUGGCUUCAACGUGCAAACCG